GGAGCGAGGGCAGCUGCCAUGGCCGACGGCGGCCGGACGCCGCAAGCCCGUGCGCUCCUCCAGCAGUGUGUGCACGCUCGGCUGCAGGUUCGCCCGGCCGAGGGGGACGCCGCGGCCCAGUGGGUGGAGGUUGAGAGAGCUUUGGUAAUCUAUGUAUGCUUUUUCAAGGGAGCUGACAAAGAGCUUCUUCCUAAAAUGGUUAAUACAUUGCUGAACGUGAAAUUAAGUGAGACAGAAAACGGCAAGCACGUCUCUGUACUGGAUCUGCCUGGCAACGUGCUUAUCAUCCCUCAGGCCACCCUUGGAGGGCGAGUGAAAGGAAGAAGCAUGCAGUAUCACUCGAACUCUGGGAAAGAAGAAGGCUCAGAACUUUACGCCCAGUUUGUGUCUUUGUGUGAGAAAGAGUUAGCUGCCAACAGCAAGUGUGCUGAAGCCGGGGUUGUGGUGAAACAUGGCACUUACGGGAACCGGCAAGUGUUGAAGCUGGACACCAAUGGACCAUACACACACCUGAUUGAGUUUUGAACACAUGAAAAAUUUACUUUCUAUAGCUGGCUUAUGGCACAAAAAGACCCAGACUAUAACUAGAUUUUCUUCUCCUUCACCUUCAAUAUACUGUUCUGCAGCAUUUUUAGGUAGGAAAAUCCUGGGACCCAUAAGUAAUUCUGCAUCCUAAAUUCAGGAUCUCAGUCACCUCUUGUCCUGUUUUUCUCCAGUUUGCCAUCCAAAAAAAUUGAAAAAUACUGUCUGUUCAUUGAAUACUGACUAGGGAAAUCUUAGCCAUAUUUAAAAGCAUAGUUUAAGUAUUUUAUGCAAUCAAGAACAAAACAUGUUUAUGCCCCCGACUUUACUCAGUAUGCGAUUAAAAAAUACCUUUGUGUUAGAACUAGUAAAAACCAGCAUAAACCAGUGAUAACCUUGUGAACUUUGUUUAGUUGUGGCAGUUUUCUGUAUUUGGAAUGAGUAAUACGUAUUUUACUUCCAUUUAAUAUUAUCUAUAAAAAUGUAAUCUUGAAAUGCAUUAUAUUAUUUUCCAUAAACAUCCAAAUGUUUUACAUUGUUUUAAGCAUCUUUAAUUGAUAAAAGAGCAAGAUAUAAGAGUUUUAAAAAUUA